AUGCUGUACGGCAGCCAGCAGUGGGACCCCUGGCGGAUCCUUGGCCAGAUACUGGUGCUGCAGACGCUCGGGUACUCGUCCCUGGGGUUCCUCUCCGCGUGCGCCAUGACCUUCACCACCGGCGCCAGACCCGACCCCGUCUGGAUCCUCAGCGACCAGCACGUGACGAUCUGGACGGUCCCGGGCAUGGUCCUGAUCGCCUGCCACGCGGUCAACGCGGCCCUGCUCGGCGUGUACAUGCUCAAGAUCGUCGAGCGCGCCAAGAAGGUCCUGGACUUCUCCGCCACGUGGUACGUCCUGCACGUGGGCGUGUGCUGGGCCUCCUACGGGUUCCCCAAGAGUGUGGCGUGGUGGGCGAUGAUCGGCGGGUGCUUCGUUGGCACGUCGCUGCUCGGGGAGUGGCUGUGCGUGCACCAGGAGCUCAAGGACAUCCCGCUCGCCAGCCUGCGCCGGAAGCCGUCGUCCGUGACGCCCGCGACCGUGCGCGUGCCCGGACAGUCGGUGGCGGGGCCGUCCGAGCCGGGCGCCGGCACCUCGCGCGCCGCCCCGGCGCCGUCGGGCGACGCGCGCAUGAUGCAGGUGCUUGGCGUCAAGGCGCGGCAGCCGGCGCUGUCCUCCACGGAGACGCAGGGGCUGCUGAUGACCGAGGUGCAGCGCCCGGAGGAGGGCGAGCAGGUGUGA